GCCCCAGCCCCGAGCGCGCCAUGGCCGCGGCGGUGGAGGCGGGGGGCUUCUUCCUGGGCACGCUGGGCUGGGGGCUGCUGGGGGUGACGCUGCCCAACAGCUACUGGCGGGUGUCCACGGUGGACGGCAACGUGAUCACCACCUCCACCCUCUUCGAGAACCUGUGGCAGAGCUGCGCCACCGACUCCACCGGCGUCUACAACUGCCGGGACUUCCCCUCCAUGCUGGCGCUGUCCGGCUACCUGCAGGCCUGCCGGGCCCUGAUGAUCACGGCCCUGCUGCUCGGCGUCCUGGCCAUCCUCUGCGGCGCGGUGGGGAUGAAGUGCACCAAGGUGGCGGACGGGAACCCCGCGGCCAAGGGCAAGAUGGCGGCCGCCGGGGGCUGCAUGUUCAUCCUGGCGGGGCUGUGCGGGAUGGUGGCGCUCUCCUGGUACGCCUUCAACAUCACCCGGGACUUCUUCGACCCCCUCUUCCCCGGCACCAAGUACGAGAUCGGCCCGGCGCUGUACCUGGGCUGGAGCGGAUCCCUGCUGGCCAUCGUUGGGGGUGGCUGCCUCUUGGGCUCCUGCUGCGCCCACCCCUCGUGGGAGAAGAGCUUCAGCUACCCCUACAGUGCACCCAAGGCCGGCCCCAAGCGCCCCCGGAGAGGCUCCGACGCCAGCAGCGUCGGCCAAUACGGCAAGAACGCCUACGUCUAGGCGUGGGGAUGGGGAGAGGGGGACCCGCUGCAAGUCUCCCCCCCAUCCCCACUCCCACCCUGCACCGGAC